GAAUGAUUACACUGACUGUCAGAGGGAACAGCACUGAGUCAGUCUCCAAUCAGCAUUACAGUCCUAGAGAUAACAAGGUGUGGAACUGGAUGAACACAGCAGGCCAAGCAGCAUCAGAGGAGCAGGAAAGCUGACGUUUCGGUCCUAGACCCUUCUUCAGAAGUCAUUACAGUCCCAGUGAGUUAUUACAGUGACUGCCAGAGGAAACAGCACUGAGUCAGUCUCCAAUGAGCAAUACAGUGCCAGGGAGUGAGAGAGCGCUGAUGCGCUGUACACACCAGGAAGAGCGGGUCAGUCAGUGAGUGGAUGAAGGAGCAGCGCGGAGUCCCUGAACAGAGCGAACAUGUUGCUGACGGUUACCGCUAUCGUUGCCGGCCUCCUGCUCCCCGUGGUCCAGUCCCAGACAUUCACCAUCCAAGCCGAAAAUUCGAUUAAUGUGACCGUCGGAGGCACCGCAAAUUUUACAGUGAAGCCCUCACGCUCCGUGAAGAAUGGGAACUGGGAUUUCAAUGGCAAAAGUAUCGGUCUGUGGAUCGGUUCUUCUGUUUCUCUCAGCAACGAGUAUAAACCCAGGGCUGAGAUUCGAACGCCUAAUGGAUCUCUGGAGUUGAAGUCAGUGACGGUAUCAGACAGUGGGAAGUACACUGUUACUAUGGUCCCCGAAGAGGGGGAGCAAGCAUCGGCAACCAUUACUCUGCAUGUAAUUGAAUCAAUCUCUAAGCCUAUCAUCUCAGCAGACAACAUAAGUCCUGUAGAACACAAUGACACGGUAACUCUGGAAUGCAAUGCCUCAGGGCCAGUACAAUCAUAUUACUGGCUUAAAGGAAAUACAAUUGUUGAUCCUGGUGAUCGAAUCACUCUCAGUCAAAAUAAUAAAACCCUCACUAUAUCUGGAGUCUUGAGGACUGACAGAGGAUUUAUAUGCCAUGCAUAUAAUGCAAUUGAUUGGAACAGAAGUGAGCCGUAUUUGCUAAAUGUUAGCUAUGGACCGGAAUCUCUAAAUAUAACCAUCAACCCACAACAUGAUUUAUACAUUUUGGGGUCAAAUGUGAUUUUAUCCUGUUCUGCCAUUUCAAAACCCAUUUCUGAAUUUCAGUGGUAUCUCAAUGGAAAUUCACUACAUAAAUAUGGACAGCAGCUAAUCAUUUCUGAUAUAACCUUGAAUAACACUGGUAACUACACUUGUGAAGCCUUUAAUAUUGUGACCAAAAGGUACAGCGUGACAAUGAGAGACAUCAUUGUGGUUGAACCUGUUUCUAAGCCCUUUAUCUCGUCCAAUAAUACCACUCCUGUAGAAUAUGACACAGUGGUUCUGAUGUGCCAUGCUUCAGGGACAGCAGUUUCAUAUCAGUGGCUUAAAGAAAAUGAAACUAUUGAGGCCGGUGACAGGUUUGGUCUGAGUAGCGAUAACAGCACCUUGACCAUAUUUGGAGUGUUGAGAUCUGAUGAAGAAUUCAUAUGCUAUGGUUACAACAUGAUUAAUGAAAAUGCAAGUGAUCCUUAUCUACUUAACGUUAACUAUGGACCCGAAAUCGUUAAUAUGUCCAUCGACCCACCACUUUCCUUCCACACCCUGGGGUCAAGCAUAAACCUUUCUUGUUCUGCCGAUUCAAAUCCUGCUUCUGAGUUUCGGUGGUACCUUAACGGUAAUCCUCUUCAGCAUUAUGAAGAGCAGCUAAUCAUUGAUGGUAUAUCCUUGAACGACACUGGUAACUACACUUGUGAGGCUUUAAACAACGCAACACAACAAAAUAACAUGAGAUCUACAGACGUGAUGGUCUUGGUAGAACCUGUGUCCAAGCCUAACGUUACUGCUAAUGCUACAAACCUAAUAGAAUUCAAUGACACCGUGGCUCUGACUUGCAUCGCAUCAGGCACAGCAGUUUCAUAUCAGUGGCUUGAGGAAAAUAGCCCUAUUACUCCCAGUGACAGGAUUGCCCUAAGUGAUGAUAAUAGCAGCCUAACUAUAUCUGGAGUGUUACGGUCCGAUGGAGGAUUUACCUGCUAUGCAUUCAACGCCAUUAACGGGAUGACAAGUGACCCAUACCAUCUAAACGUUAGCUAUGGACCGGAUCUCCCCAAAAUAUCCAUUAAACCUGAUUUAUCCACUUACCCCACUGGAAGAAAGGUUACUUUUUCAUGUUCUGUGGACGCAAACCCAUCUGCAGAAUUGGAAUGGUUGCACAAUGAUACUCCUCUUCAACAGAAAGGGCGUGACCUAAUUAUUGUUAGCAUUUCGUUGAAAGACAGUGGAAAUUAUACCUGUCAGGCUUUUAACAAUUUAACAAAAAGAUGCAAUGCCUCAGCUAUGCAAAUAGUCGUACUAGAACCAGUUAAUAACGUCACUAUAUCGUCCAACAAUUCAGCACCAGUAGAAAGCCUCCAUACCAUUUUAUUGACUUGUCGUGCCAUGGGCUCUGUACAAUCAAGGAUAUGGUAUAAGGAUAACAAAGUUGUCAAGAACAAUGACAGAAUGAUGACAUCUGAGGAUAAUACCACGCUGACUAUAAUCAAUGUUGACAGAAACGAUUCAGGAAUAUAUACAUGUUACGUCUUUAGUAGCAUUAACAAUGAUUCCAGAGGUUUCAACCUGAUAAUUAAUUAUGGACCAGAUGAAGUCAUUAUUAGACCCCCAGGGUCAAAUCAGCUAGAACCCGGGGCAUCGCUUACAUUAAGUUGCUCUGCCUCAUCAGUCCCGCCAGCUAUCUAUAAAUGGUACAAUGGUGAUAACCUAUUACACAUGGGACAAACUUACAACAUUGAUUCGACAAGUCAAGGUUCUGAUGGGAAUUACACCUGUCAGGCUCAUAACACCAUAACAAACAAAAACAGAAGUUCUACUGUCGAGGUAACUAUCCAAGAAAAAGGGACGCAAAGCAAUAAGCUUUCAGCCGGAGCCAUAGUAGGUAUUUUGAUUGGAGUUCUUGCUGCUGUUCUUGUCACUGGGUUAGCUGUAUGGCAAAACAAGAAGAAACACUGCAGGAGAAACGGUGGCUGCCAACAAAAUAAUAGCAUAAUGACUUCGCCUGGAAGUGGGGCAGCGGCAUCUAGCAAUGGAACCAAUCCAGAAAACAUGACAUCAGGAACAGACAUUGUUUAUGCACAGCCUAACAUUAACCCUUUACACCAAGGUCCAACAGCUCCACCAGCACCAACUGAUGGCAAUAAGACUGAUUAUGCUGAAUUGAAGUUCCGAUGAGUUUUUUUUGAAGGAAAGAAUGCAUAUAAUUAUAAUCACUUAUCGACCUGAAAUGUAAUACAGAUGCUUGGAUGUAUGCUGAGUCUUUAAGCCUCAAACUUUCCAAGAACAAAAGCUGAUAGACUUUUACAAAAGAAAGAAGGUGUCCAACAGAUUUAGUUUUCUGUAUUUUUUAAAGAAAAUGAUUCUUGAAGAGGACAGAAUUAUUAAAUAUUAGUUACUGUAAGUCUGCAUCUUAAAUCAAGGCCAAAAUUGUUGGAUGGAAAACAGAAAAGGAAACUAAUUAUUCACUGCUAGCCAAUGAACCAGUUCUUUCCUUCCAAAGCGCUAGGUAGAUAAAAGUAUAUAUUUUCUCAGCUUUCCACUAAUAACACGCUGCAAAACUUACAACCAAUAGUAAAUAGCACCUAUGAUACAGAGCCAAGUCAUCAAAGCUGGCCUUUCUGAUGAAAAUGCCAUUGCCCUUCACUAAAAUGCCAUUGCCCUUCACUGGCUACAAGCUGGUUCUUUUCAGCUUAUCCCAAAUGCCCUUUGGGUUAUUGAGCUUGGCCAGAAACAAUCAGCCUGAUUGUCCUAGAGAUAGCAGGAACUGCAGAUGCUGGAUGAACACAGCAGGCCAAGCAGCAUCAGGGGAGUAGGAAGGCUGAUGUUUCAGGCCUCAACCCUUCUUCAGAAAAUGUCUCGGCCUGAAGCGUCAGCCUUCCUGCUCCUUUUGUGCUGCUUGGCCUGCUGUGUUCAUCCAACUGUACACCUUGUUAUCUCUUAACCUAAUUGUCCUUUAAGACUACAGAUAGUUUGAGAAGGUGGGGCUUGCUUUUAUUACUAUUGACAUGCAAAGUUGACCGGGAGGGGAGGGAGAUAACGCUGCAGGGAAUCAAACAUUGCCAACAUUUACACCGAUAGAUAGCCACUUCUUUCCAUUAAUUCAAUCAGGGUUUUCUAUUUUUAUCCCAUUAUGGAAAAUGGAGGCAUGUAAGAAUGCUUUCUGAAUCAAAAUUCUGUAAUCCCAUUUUACCGUUGGUCUCAGGCCCUGAGAAUUCUGAUAUUUCCCCUGUUUCACAAGGAAUCGUAUGAAGGGCCAAUGUGAAAGAAUUCUAGCCUUGCAUUGUGAGUGAAACCCGACCUCUUUUCCCUGUAUUGUUUUCUGUUGCUCGAUCGCACUCAGUGAUGCAUCUCUGCUGCUAAUAUUUCCUGUUCUAUUGCUUCUGCAAGAUGCCUAUUUGACAAAUUCUGGUUGGGAAAUAAUGCUUCCAACUCACAAAUUGGUUGGCUUAGCCGGCCGGCCUACAAUACAGAGUGGAGCUCACAGGGUUCAAUCCCCACUUCGUCUGAGGUUACUCUGAAGAAUUCCUCAUCCCCCUGCCUGAGGCAUGGUGAACCUUGAGUGAAGCCACCACCAGCCAUCUCUCUCUCGCUCUCUCUAAUGUGAGAAUAUAUAAGGAGUAUAGCAAAUGUUUUAUUAGCCAGUGCCUCAGGAGUGUGCCCGAUGAUCAAAUAUUCUGGUUAAUCAGGAAGUCCACAUAAUCAAUGUAAAAACACACUAAGUAGUAGAAACAUAUUGCAGGCAUUACACAUGUCACUGUUAUACUUUACUUUCACCAUAAUUCAUUUAAAUAAUAAUGCAGCAUUGCCCUAAAUAAAACUUAGCAGCAGAGAGCCUUCUCACACUCACCUUCAACUGACUAUUCAGACCUUGCGAUAUUUGAAGAGAAAUUGACUCGAAAUUGAAUGAACUGUUAAUAUUUCUUGUGGUCAUUCAACUGAACAGCAAGUAUAUUUACAUUUAUGUAAAUAAAUUUAAAAAUAUAAUUGAAGAGUAACCUUCACGGUAUUUGAGGUAUAUAAUUUCUGCAGUUUUAUUGAGAGUGGUACAGGAUAAAACGACAUUUGCUGUAUCAUCGUAUACCUAAGAACCUCAGCAAGACUACUGGUGGUGGGUGGGGCUUGAAAGGUGGGGCUAGUGUGUUACCACUAGAUUGUUAAUCCAGAGACUCAAUUAAUGUUCUGAGGACCUGGGUUUCAAUUCCACCACAGCAAUUUGAAUUCAAUAAAAAUCUGGAAUUAAGAGUCUAAUGAUGAUCAUUAGUUGUUGGGGAAAAUCUGUCUUGAGGUUCAGGAAUGAGAACUGCCGACCCUGAUUUAAAUGUGACUCAGAACUCACAACAAUAUGGUUGACUCUUAAUUGCCAUCUCGGAAAGUUGGAAAAUAAAUGCCUGCCUGGUCAGUGACACCCACAAUCAGCGAGUGAGUCAUGGAGACAUGCAGCGCAGAAACAGACCCUACAGUCCAACUUGUCCAUGCUGACCAGGUUUCCAAAACUGGACCAGUUCCAUUUGCCUGCAAUUGGCCAUAUCCCUCCCAACCUUUCCUAUUCAUUAACUUGCCCAAAUGUCUUUUCAAUGUUGUAAUUGAUUCAGUCAACAUAAACUCCAGCCCAGGUUUUAAUUAUUAACAUUUGAGAGAAAAUCUUUCCAGAAAUAAUUACAAGAGCAUAUUUAAAACAAUUGAGAAGGCAGGAUAUGAUUUUAAACGAGUAUUACAAAAGUAUAAUAUUUAACUAUCGAGGAUAUUUCAAUAAAAUACAUUUAUGUAACUAGUUAAAGUGGACUUAAAUUCAGUUUGUGGUAUUAAUAGGUGCAAAACAUGUGACAAGCAAGCAGUGACAAGUGCCUUAAUUAUAGACAUGCUAUGAUUUAGACAAUAAUUGACCGAGCGCCAACAUAUUUUCUGACAAUCAGAUUGUCUUUCAUAUGUUGCUAACGUCUAGUUCCUUCUUCCUUCCUUCUGCAAUUUAAAUUCCACGUCUUCAUUUUGUGAAACACACACACACACACACACACACACACACACACACACACACACACACACACACACGUUGUCUCAGGGUGCUGGGUAAUGAUUACCCAAUGCCAAGCUCUGAAUGCCUUGUGGGAAAGCAUAACUCAGGAUGGCAUUCAUAAUAGCUUUCCCAGUAACCGUGUGAGAUGCAACACUGGAGCUCAGGCAUGCAACGACAGGACAGUACUGGUUUUUAUAUCAAUAACUAAAGGCAGGAGAUUUCUAGAGCAAAUCCCUUACUACUUUCCAAAUUACAUAACUCAAACAAUAGUUUCAACUAGUUCUGUAAUUAAAAUACUGCAAGUUACUGAUAGACCAAACAGUUCGGUUCUUCCUCUCACCCAUCCCUUCCUCCCACCCCAAGCCGCACCCCCAGCUACCUACUAACCUCAUCCCACCUCCUUGACCUGUCCGUCUUCCCUGGACUGACCUAUCCCCUCCCUACCUCCCCACCUACACUCUCUCCACCUAUCUUCUUUACUCUCCAUCUUCGGUCCGCCUCCCCCUCUCUCCCUAUUUAUUCCAGUUCCCUCCCCCCAUCCCCCUCUCUGAUGAAGGGUCUAGGCCCGAAACGUCAGCUUUUGUGCUCCUGAGAUGCUGCUUGGCCUGCUGUGUUCAUCCAGCCUCACAUUUUAUUAUCUUGGAAUCUCCAGCAUCUGCAGUUCCCAUUAUCUCGGAAGUUCCAAUCAUAAGUUGCCUAGAUCUGAUAUAUAUUUCUACUGAAAUCUGUUAAUUCGUAUUUGAAUGCACAUUUUAUGUGAAUAUGAAUGCAUACGCUGAAAUCGACAAUACGUGACAAAAGAUUCUACUUCCAUAGACUUGUCUAUUUAAGUUUCCCAUUAUGUAUUAUCUAGCAUAUCUACAAAACAGAGAUGGUGGGGACUGCCGAUGCCGUGGUCUGGUAUAACAAGGUGCAGAGUUGGAUGAACACACCUGGGCAGGCAACAACAGAGGAGAAAGAAAGCUGACGUUCCGGAUCUGGACCCUCCUUCAGAAAAGAUCCUUCUUCUGAAGAAGGGUCCAGACUCCAAACAUCAGCAAUCCUGCUCUUCUGAUGCUGCCUGGCCUGCUGUGUUCAUCCAACUCUGCACCUUGCUGUAUCUACAAAGCACAUUUUCUCAGGAUAAAGUUGCUACUUGGAUUAAUGUCAUUACCAAAGAUAUUUUGAAUUUGUGCCUCUCAACUUUUGUUAACACAGAGUGAAUUUGUGUUUACAACCAGCAAACCUGUAUGAUCCAAAAAUGGUUGGGAAGAUGAGUGGCCAGGAUAACACAAAGAGCCUACAGAUGGAUAUAUACGGAUUAAGCAAGUGGGGAACAACUUGGGAGAUGGAAUAUAAUGUGGGGAAAUCUGAGGCCAUGGGCUUUUACUGGAAGAAUUGUGAAGCUGAAUAUUGUUUAAAGAGAAAUAAAUUUCAGUUAGCCACAGGGGAGAAGGAUUUGGGAGCCCAUAUUCAUGAAUUGCAAAAAACUAGCAUCAAAGUUCUGCAGGUCAUAGGAAAGGCAAAUGGAAUGUUGGAACAAAAACAGAAGUUGCUGGAAAGCUCAGCAGGUCUGGUAGCAUCUGUGAAGUAAAAGAAAGGAGCGUUCCUGAGGAAGAGUCACCGGGCCCGAAACGUCGACUCUGAAUUUUUCUUCACAGAAGCUGCCAGACCUGCUGAGCUUUCCCAGCAGCUUCUGUUUUCAUUCCUGUACUCAUUGAAGUUUAGAAGAAUGAGAAGCGACCUUACACAAACAUGCAAGAUUCUUAGUGGGUUUGGCAGGGUGGAUGUGUGGAGAUUGUUUCCCUUUGUGAGAGAGUCUAAGACCAGAGGACAUCAUCUCAGAGUAAAAGAUCAUACAUUUAAAACAGAUGAUGAGGAGGAAUUUCUUCUGUCAGAGGGGAGUGAAUCUGUAGAAUUCUUUACAGGGGACUGUCAAGGCUGGGGCAUUAAGUAUAUUCAAGGCUGAGAUUUUUAAUCAGUAAGGGACCAAUGGGGUGAUGAGACUAAGGCAGGAAAGUGGAUUUGGGGAUUAUCAGGUCAGCCGUUGAUGGCGGAAAAGAUUCGAUGGGCUGAAUGGCUUACACCUGCUCCCAUGCCUUACUGUCUCAUGUUUUUAUGGCAUUAAAUGUUCCUUAGUUUAAUGAUAGGGAGACCAUUUGCAAACAUGCUCAGUAAUCUGUGUAUUAAUGAGAAAAAUCUGGGUGUGCGUGUGGGCUACAUUACCAAUUUUAGUCUAUAACUUCCGAGCCAAACCCAUGUGCCUACGUAUAUAUUUAUCUUUCUUGUAAAUUGUUUCAAUUCUUUCACCUUGCAUGCUUCCCCUGAGUCUGUUGAGGCAAACAGGUGUACUACAAGACAACUUACAAUGGAAAGCAGCAAACAGGAGAUGCAAAACAGUUUGAUUCUCAGGAGUAACUCCACUCGGAAAGAUUCCUUUGGGAGCUUCCUGGUUUUCAUUUCAUCACACAAUAUAACAGCUGAGAUCAUCAGUGCUCACAAAGAAUGACAAAUUCUCACUUAGUUUGAAUCCUUGUGAAUUUCAGCCUCGAACCUGCACCAUUCAUCUAAUAUUUAUCUGUAUAUGUACAUAUAUAUAUAUAUAUCCAAUAACUUGUAAAUAUGGAUAAAGUUAUCAUGCUACUAAUGACCUUCCCUGAAAACAAUUUUGCAUUGUCGUUUUAAAGCUUUAUGUUAUUAAAAUAUGUCUU